AUGGCGGUCUCUCUAACCCCUUAUAAUGCAUCGCAUAUCGAGUAUAAUGGCAACUACUUCAACUCCUCACUUAUGAAGGAGUUUAACUACACCAUUUACACAAACGGUACACUUUCAAAUAUCUCUCGCUGCUAUCUUGUUUUCGAUAACUACCAUCCAUAUUUUGCCCUGAAUGGCUCAGUGUUCAACGGCACGAACUGUGAUGCCCCUAUCAACCCCAUUGCAACGCGUGCAAUCCUCGGCAUAGUGUCAAGCGUGCUUUUCGCGAUCGGAAUUAUGCUUGGGCUCACCCUUUUGAGGAAACACGGAGCCACACACCUACCGGUAGAAAAACGGUUCAGAUUGGUUUCAAGAAGGUGGCAAUGGUAUUGGUUGAUUUGCACUGCUGUGUGUGGGAUGAUAUCAGGCUUUAUGGCAAUAGACGUAGAUAGGAAUUAUCUUCAAAGCACUGCGUUGAUCAUGCAGAGCAUCUUCUUCUAUGUCAUGUUACCAGCAAUGUUGGCAAGUGUUUGGGAAAUGACUCGACAUUGGGGAUCAUUUCUGGAGCGCCAACAGGUCGACGCUGAUGCUUUCUGUUUCCCGCAGGACGACAAAAGGUCUAAAAUCGAAUUCUAUAUCCCGUUGGUCUUUUAUCUGUUCGGGUUCUUGACCUUCUUCAUGUCGCUCCUCCGCAACUGGAAUCCCAUCACUAAAGCAUGGGGCACCGGCGGCGCCCAAACAGCCACCGAUCCACGUUUCCGCGCCGCCUGUUUCUUCGCAUUCUUCGCCCUUGUGAUCAUCAUCAUUUCGGUAUUUGUUUCUCUGCACUACUACACACCGCGCCGGGUCCCGAUGAAAAUCCCGUUGUGUAUUCUUCUCCUAACGAUUCGGAUCUGUUAUAACGCUGCCUGUGCUUGGGAAUAUGAUAUCUCACCUCUAUCGCAUCUUACUAACCCAGGCUGGAUAUAUGGGUUGGGUUAUUUGCCAAUAUUUUUGAUUAUGGCCGUCAUGAUUUUUUAUGGAUGGAGGGAACCGAACGAGGACCAAGAAAUCCUCAAACAGAGAAGAGAGAGGGAAUUUCAGCUCAAUGUCGAAAUGAAUGCGUCCAAAGGGGAGAAGAAGGAGAUACACGAGGGGUUGAUGAAACUGGGGCGAAUGAGCGACAACGACAGGAAGAUGGUGUGA